CUGUUGACCAUGGCAUUAGUUUUCUUCUUCAAGAUGUUCAAGUUCUUCCUGAUUGCUGCCUUCGUGCCGGCUCUGGUUUUGGCCCAGACUCCGGUUCGCCAGUGUGCCAACGGAGCUGGUCUACCGGCCUAUGUACAGAUCAACGAUUGUACCGCCCUGCCCUGUGACCUCGUCCAUGGCGCCCCGUUGGUGGCCGAAGCUCGUGGAAUUGUCAGCCCGGUCGACACUCCGACCAUGACGGCCUACAUCGUGAUCCGGUUGGCCGGUCUGCAGAUUCCGUUCCCGAUGCCCGAUGGUCUCGAGGAUGUUUGCGCCCAAGGUACCGCCCCCGGAACCUGCCCCGUUUCCGCCGGACAAUCCUUCGACUACACGCUGAGCUUCCAGGAUGAGGUGCUGACUCUGUCCGGAGUUACCGUCCAGGCCGAGGUCGGAAUCACUGCGGCCGAUGGAUCCGUCAUUGGUUGUCUGGAGUUUGACGCCCGUCUCCUUUCGUAGAGCAGUGAUUGAUCAAUAAACCCUUUUUCCAAGAAACCAA